AUGUUCCAAAUGCUUCAGACUAUUGGUCAAUUCAGUGGGAUGCCUACCGAGGAUCCUCACCUUCAUCUUCGUCUAUUCAUGGAGAUUAGUGAUUCUUUCAAAUUUCAAGGAGUACCUGAAGAUGCUUUGCGCUUGAAAUUAUUCCCUUAUUCUGUGCGAGACAGAGCUAGAACCUGGCUAAAUUCUUUACCGGCAGGAUCAGUCACAACAUGGAAUGAUUUGACAGAAAAGUUCUUGAGCAAGUAUUUUCCUCCCAAUAUGAAUGCAAAGCUCCGGAAUGAGAUCAAUUCCUUUCAACAGCAGGAUGAUGAAUCUUUGUAUGAUGCAUGGGAGAGAUUUAAAGAAUUACUCAGAAAAUGUCCUCAUCAUGGUAUUCUUCAUUGCAUUCAGAUGGAGACUUUUUAUAAUGGUCUCAAUGCUCAAACAAAGAUGGUGGUGGAUGCAUCAGCAAAUGGGGCUCUUCUCUCUAAGUCCUAUAAUCAGGCUUAUGAAAUUCUUGAGACAAUUGCUACCAACAACUAUCAGUGGCCAUCUUCUAGAGCUCAAACAGGUAAAAAGGUAGCUGGAAUCUAUGAUGUGGACUCUAUAACUUCGAUGAAGGCUCAACUAGCAUCUAUGGAGCAUAUGCUCAAGAAUCUGAGCAUGGGCAAUAAUCAAUCGAAGGAGCAAUCCCUCAGUUCACAGAUUAAUCAAACCAAGAAUGUUUCUUGUGUAUAUUGCGGUGAGGCUCAUACUUAUGAUAGUUGUCCUUCAAAUCCAGAAUCUGUCUUUUACAUGGGAAAUCAAAAUAAGGGUGGCCCUUAUUCAAAUACUUACAAUCAGUCAUGGAGGCAACAUCCUAACUUUUCUUGGAGCAAUCAAGGGGCAAAUUCUGGAACUUCAAAUGGCAACGUAAAGUCCAAUUAUCCACCCGGAUUUUCUCAACAAGCACCUCAAUCUAAUUCACUUGAAAAUAUGUUGAAGGAGUACAUUAUCAAGAAUGAAGCUAGUAGAUCUCAGACUGAAGCUCUGGUCCAAAGUCAAGCGGCAUCCUUACGAAACUUGGAGAAUUAG